AAUAAAACAGAACCUGAAAUUACGACCACUACCGCGCAAGAUGAAACUAUGGACGAAACAGAAACAACGGAGGACACUACAACUGAGAGGAACGCAAAUAAAAGUAAAGGCUCUUCAUCUGCUCCUCGAAAGAAAGGAACUGCGGAUCAGAAUGGAGUACAUCAUACAACGAAGGAGAACGAUAUAACCCCAAUCGUCUUAUACAUUGUGUUUGGCUUACUCCUACUUCUUCUAAUCUGCGCAAAUGUUGUGUUCUACACACUUGUGGUGGUCUACAUGAGAAAGGAAGCGGAUGAGAGAGCUAAAGCUUUGAUAGCCAAGAACAACACGUUGCCAAUGAAUAGUCUUGGAAGUGUUGGGCAAACAAAUCCGUCAGUAUCACAACGCUAG